AUGUCCUGUGCUCUACGCUGUCCCGCGCUGAGUCGCCAGGCGACACCUAACCAUGCGCGAAACCUGUCGAAAAACAACCAAUUGCUGAGGCAACUAGCAAAUUUCCACCCGAACCAACUCAGUAGUUACAUUGGCGUCAAGUUGCUGCUGCCGGCCAAAGGUCGCGUGGCCACGACGCCGCAGGGUUCCGCCGGUGUCCGCAAGCCCAUACAAAUGUCGUUCCUGGGCGUGGGCGCGCCGGAGGCUAUCCUUGUCGCGAUUGUUGCCCUAGUGGUCUUUGGGCCGAAGGGUCUUGCUGAGGCGGCGCGCAGUGUGGGUUCCACGUUGCGGGCCUUCAAGCCCACCAUCAAGGAGGUGGUGCAGGUGUCGCAAGAGCUCAAGGGGACGCUGGAAAAGGAGCUGGGCAUUGAGGAGUUGCGGGAUGCGGCGCGACCCACGGUUCGGCCGGCAGAGCUGGGCAUGUCCGAGAAUCUCGCGGGGCCCGUGUCGGACCCCGUGGCCAAGGUCAUCGAUCCGGAAAUUGAGGCCAAGCGAGCGGCCUCGGCACAGAUGGCGUGGGGAAGCGGUGCAGCAGCAGCCACAGCCGCAAGCAGCAGCAGCGCCUCCGAGGCCCCCGCUGCGGCGGCCACCACCACGGCUACCCCCGCUUCUAUCAGCUUCCCAGCUCCAACAGCAGCUCCUGCUGCCGGACCCGCAGCAGUCAAGGAUAUCGCCUCAAUGAGCAUGGAGGAGCUGGAGGCGGAGCUGGCACGCAGGCGGUCAGCUGCAGCUGGUGUAGACAAGCGGGCUUGA